AAAGGUUCCUGAUUGCAUACACACUUUCUUUGCCACGGAAGUUAGCGCGCAAGCUCGCUAUUGGAAAUACAUUAGCGAUGGCAAUAAUGCAGGGGAAGAGUAUCGUCGUUCUUGUGCAAGUUUUUUCUUUUUUAAGGGCAAUUACAAGCCACGGGCUCGCCGAUGAGCUGAAACUGCAGCUUUCGAGCCGCAAAGUUGUGUAUCCGCAGAUAGUCCAUCACAAAUGGAAAAGACAAGCCGAACCUGUUCAGGAGUUGGAGCCGGAAGUGGAAAACGAUGAAGUUACAUAUUCUCUAAUCAUUGAAGGAAAGCAUCACUUAAUUCACCUGGAAAAAAACAAACACUUCUUGGCGAAAGAUUUUGUUCUCUUCUCCUAUGAUGACAGUGGAAAGCUGGUGGCUUCAUAUCCAGCAGUUAACAGACAUUGUCAUUAUCACGGACGGCUGGAAGGACAUGAUGACUCUGUGGUGGCACUUAGCACCUGCUCAGGUCUCAGUGGCGUUAUUUUCUUUGGAAAAGAGGGUUACGGAAUUGAACCGGCUGCCACUCAUUCCACAACCAAUGAACACUACCUCUUUCCACUGGAACCCAAUCAGAAUGAGGGGGUCUUCUGUGGAGUGACCAAUGAAAUGGAUACCUCCGAUGGAUACGCCCACCCUGAGACUACCUUGUCUAUGGCCAGAUUAUUCCGGAAAAAACGUAAUUUGCCACAAACCCGAUAUGUUGAGCUGGUGCUGGUCGUCGACAAGAACAGGUAUGACAUCGAAAAGGGCAACGAUACUGCUGUGACAGAGGAGAUGGUAUCACUGGCCAACCUGCUGGACGGGUACUACCAGCAGCUGAAUAUCCGUGUGGUUCUGGUGGGAAUGGAGAUCCUGAAGGCGGGUAACCCGUUCAGCGUAAACGGCACUGCGGGGGAAACUUUGGGCAACUUCGUCAAGUGGAGGCAGACUGUGCUGCUGCCUCGCAUUCAGCAUGACGCGGCACAGCUUGUGCUGGGCUUGCCUCCAUACUCUGGAGGGAUCCUUGGAAUGGCCUUCGUGGGCACUGUGUGCUCCGCCUCAAGUGCCGGGGGAAUUAGUGUGUUCACGGACAACCAUUUGGGUUACUACUCCACGAUAGUCGCCCAUGAACUGGGCCACAACCUGGGGUUCAGCCACGACAAUGGCCACUGCACCUGCAACGGGUCUGACUGCAUCAUGUAUGCAUGGGCCAGUGGGUCGACCUUGUUCAGCACGUGCAGCAGCAAUGACUUCGAGACACUGAUCCUACGGGGAGGGGGCGUCUGCCUCAAGAACAUGCCACCCCCCGCCAACGUCAUCACCUACGCCGUAUGCGGAAAUGGUAUAUUGGAGGCCGGGGAGCAGUGCGACUGCGGCAAGCCUCAGGUGUGUCAGAAUGUCUGCUGCAAUCCCGCUACCUGCCAGUUCACCAAGGGCUCCACCUGCGCGCAGGGCAGCUGCUGUCAGAACUGUCAGGUCAUGGUGGCAGGGACACCCUGCAGGCCGUCGGUGGACACAUGCGACCUGUCAGAGUUCUGCACCGGCCAGUCGGGCUCCUGCCCCAGCGAUUAUUACAUCAUGGACGGGACGGCGUGUAGCAACAACACUGCCUACUGCUAUGAUGGGCGCUGCCAGACUUACAACUUCCAGUGCCAGCAGCUGUUCGGGCAAAAUGCAAUGAUGGCCCCCAACAUCUGCUUCAGUGUGAUCAACGCUAGGGGGGAUCCAUUCGGCAACUGUGGAUACAAGGGAAGCAGCCUGGUCGGUUGUACGGUUGCCCAGUCUCUGUGCGGGAAGGUCCAGUGCACCAAUGUGAACGCCAACUACCCACCCCAGGGUGCCAUCAUAUCCGUGCAGAACAUCAACGGGACCAACUGUGUGAACGCCAACUUUGACCUGGGCCCGGAUGUCCAAGACCCCGGCUACGUCAAACCAGGCAGCAGCUGCGCGCAGGGCAUGACAUGCCUCAAUUACCAGUGCGUCAAUGCCUCACUGCUGAUGCCGAAUCAUUCGUGUACCCCCAAGAACACCUGUUCGGGUAAUGGGGUAUGUGACAACCUGGGCAACUGCUUCUGCAACAACGGCUGGAGCCCUCCCUAUUGUAACAGAGCUGGCUUUGGGGGCAGUAAAAACAGCGGCCCUGCCGAGAUAGAUUACUCCCUUCGGAACGGCCUGCUCAUCUUCUUCCUGCUGGUGGUGCCCAUUCUCAUCGUCGUCGCCCUGGUUCUCAUCUACUUCUUCAAGCGCGACUGGAUGAGGGCAUGCUUGAGGAAACGCCCCCCUGGCGGGUCACCGAAUGCUGGCGGGAACAACGCGAGACCCUCCCCACAUCCUCAGACACAGAGCAAUGACAGAUCGCGGCAGAAUAUGCCCUCAUACAUGGCACGCCCUCCAGAACAGACGCCUCGAUAUGCACAGGGUACCGGCGCACAGCAGGGCAUAACCCUGCCGGCCCCGCAGCCGAUACGACAGCAGGGGCCCGGGGUCCCCAAACCCAUCGCACCCAGGCAAGGCGCACCGCAGUGACAUCAUCGCUCAUGUCACGCGUGGUUACUGGGUGCAUCCUCUCAACAUGGAUAAAUCAGUUUGACGUUGUGUGCCUUUCAUAUACUAAGCAUAUUUUGAACCCUCAAUCUCUCUCGAAAGUACAACAGGCACACAUCAUGAAUGACAGAAUGCCUCACUCAUUCAUUUUACUAUUGUAAGAUGUGCACCAUUUAAAUGACUGCCUAUGAUAUUUUGUUCCAUAUGUGAAUUAAUUUGUCUAAUGCAUGGAUGGCCAGUGUGUAUGCAGGUUUUCACUGCAGCUCCUUAAUUAGAUUACAGUUUAGAGGACUGAUUGGCUGAAGAGUCAUCACACCCGGGUUUAAAUAGCUGACGUAAAGGUUAUCCCAAAAACCUGCGCACACACCAGCCAUUUGCGGAUAAGAUUGGCCAUCCCUGGUCUAAGGUAUACAACCACCCUUCUAACAAAAGAUAUUUUCAGGGAAUGGAAGCAAUAUUUAAUGUAAAAAUGUAAUGAGUAUAUUUUAAUGUGAAUGUGAACUAAAUAAAAUGGUUUUAUUUA